AGUCAUAAGUAGUUGUACUGUGAAAACACGGAGACUGUUUUCUGAAAAAUAUGUCUUCCACGUUAUUUAAGUCUUAUGCCAUAAUUAUAGUGCUAUGCAUAGGCAUGACUUUGUUCCAUAAUUCGUCACAAUUAACCGAAGCAGAAGAGAAAAAAUUGGCCGAAGAAAAAAAAGCUGAGGAAGCAAGACAAAAAGAAGCUCAAAAAGAGGAAGCAAGAAAAAAUGAUGCUCAAGAAGAGGAAGCAAGAAAAAAUGAUGCUCAAGAAGAGGAAGCAAGUCAAAAAGAAGCUCAACAAGCUAUUAAUGAGAAUAACUCUGGUCCUUCCGGACCUUAUAGAGCGAAAGUAUCAUACAAGAUUUGUUAAAUUACAUUAAUAGGGCACAUUUAUAAAAUAUAUUACGUAUAGUUAUUAAUUUUACAGUUUAUUAUCAAU